GAUGCAUUUGCUGACUGGUUCAGGCAAGUGCACGCUAACCGACCGGUUCCACCCCCGGAGUCCAAUGCAACAAGUUACGGAGCGCGUGGAUUUGCUCAACGCCUACAAGCUGAGGAGGCCAAGAAAGCGUAUGAGGCACGAGUGGAGCGUUGGCGUCACGAGCUGCGACUGGACACAGAGGUUGCAGCAGAAAAGCUUCUUCAAUUAUUGACCUAUCCGAGUCCUGGUUGGUUGGUUGACACGGAUGAGGUAAUUGAAAAGUCAACUAACUGUGCCACCGCAACGGCCACCACACAUGGCGACGGUGAGUUAGUCAGCCCAGUUCGGGAUGAUGAUGAUACCGAGGAGGUGGAUCAACUGGAGCAAAUAGGUGCUGUGGAUGCCACCGGUGACUACGAUGGACGUCUGCAUGGACUGCGGAAACCAGAUGGAACCGAUGCUUUCAGUGCUCUAUCGGAUCUGGGCGAAAACACAGAGGCCAGGCGAUUACAAAUGCAAGUGCUACGGGAAACCUGUUUGACGGAAACCUGUUUCCUGCUUGUGCGUUUGUACCAGACAGCUGGAAUGCAUGAACAAUGCGUGGAACUUACAAACUUGGUUGCUUCCGAACAGUACGGUUUGCAUAAGUGUACCAUCGAGAAUAUUCUCCGAUUGGGUUGGAGUGUUUCACCCAAGUGUUUACCGGGAUUAGUGCAAAAAACUGCACACGGUAAAGCUGAGGAAUUGGUACCUCUGUUGUUGGAUUCAGAUUUACGUGAAACCGGUGUGCCAUGGAUUUCCGAUCAUCGUAAAUCGGAUCAGUUAGAGGCCAAUGGCUUGGUUGUACAGCUCGUUCGCUUGCGCAAUAUUGCGAUUCCGCAGGCGGAUGAAGAUCUCGGAACGAACCAAGGUGGUCCGCGACUGUUUCGUCUGGCUUUGACCGAUGGAAGAACCACGAUAUCGGCUUUGGAUACAGACAAUCAUGAAGGUUUAAGUAUGGAUACACCUCCAGGGACAAAAAUACGUCUGUUGGGCACAAUUCCCAUUAGCAUGGGAUUUCUCAUUCUCCGUAAGGAUCGUUUCCAAGUUUUGGGUGGCAAUGUGCCCGAUUUGAUUCGUGAAUGGACAAUGACCAAGCAAGCCAAAGUUACUGGUCGCUUAAAAUCGGGUGAAGGAGGUCCUCCUCCAUUCGUCCCGUUCGGGAGUAAAGAGGCAUCGGUUUUGGUUCAAACAGAAAGCCGCUUCCUACAGUCGCUACGCAGGAAUCGUGGUCAAAGUGGUGGUAUGUGA